AUGAACAGUGAGAAUAUUAGAAAAGAAAGCAAGGUUGAUUCUAAUAAUGAUGCCUAUCAGAUAAAAUCAGAUCUAAGUAGAUCAAACAUUUCAUCGAAAAUUUCAGCAGCAAAUAAGAACUAUCUUGAUAGAAAGAGAAGUCUAGAUAUUCACAAUAAAUCCCAGAAAAACUAACUCACAGAGUUAAACCAUAAGAUAUUUUCACCUUUAAUGAGAAAGAACAGAUUUGAGAACUAGGACUAUGAGUAAAUAUUUAAAACCAGAUUUCUGCUCAUUAAAAGAGGCAAGAAACUUAGACGCAUUGUAAUGAGAUGGGUUGAAUUUACAAAGCAAGGGAAAUUCCUCUACUAUUUGAAGAGUGAUUCAGAUCAACCUUAGGGGUGCUAUUCUUUGUAUCAAUCUAGCUUUAAAUUGAUUGAAAUCCCUUACACCUAAAUGAUAUUCAAAGCUCUAAACAACCUGUAGCAGUAGCAGUCUGUUUCAAUGAGGAAUUCUGUUUAGAUAGAUUCCAAGAUUAGUGAGGCACUUAGAGAACUAAGCGAUUUAUUAGGUAUCAACAAAUCAGCUGUUUACAAGUCUUUAGCUUCAUUUACCAAUCAACAAGAUAGCAUUAGCAGCUAUGAUAAUAAGAUAUUAUCUAUAGUAUCUAAGGAAACAGAGUUUAAGGAUAUGAUACCUUAAUAAAAAUAAGCCUAGCCAAAUAUAUAAGACAUUUAAGAAAAUAUAGAGAAGCCAUUUAUCCUAAUUGAAAAUGAGGACUAAAGUUUAUCAAGCUCAUCAUUGUAAAGUCAUAAGUCUCCAAAUGUUGAUCAUUAGAGAGAUUAAAAUGAGACACUUGAAUUAAAACCCCAGCCUUUAACCAUGAUAGUUUAAUCUGUUAAACCACAACAUAGCAGAAGAAUUGAUAUGUUUGGAAUGAGAAAAUCUAAUCCUAAUUUAAACUUAAAAAAAAGUUUGAUUAAUCUCAAAGAUGUGAAGAAGGAAUACAAUAAACUGCAAGAUGAAGAAGAUGAAUUUGAUUUUAAUGAAGAUAAGGUUUAAUCUGAAAGAGAAUUGAAUGAGGAUCUUGAAGGAACAUAAAUAAUGGAGCUUAAUACAAUUAAUACAUAAUCUGUUGAAGUCAGCAGAUUUACUAGGACUCAGAGAGAGUUAUGCAAAAAGAUUAAUUUUAAUGCUGAAGACACAAAAUAAAACAAUAAACUUUCUCAAACUUUAAACCAAGGAGAUACUGAUGACUUAGAGGACUUUAAAGACGAUGAAGAUGAACAAAUAAUAUAAAGUGUAAUAUACUAGGCUCCUUAGAAUAAGAAUAAAUACAAAGGCAAAGUCUAUUUCUUUGAUAAUGAUUUGCAAAGUUAGACAAUAAUGAUGGAAAAUAAUCCUUUAGAUACCUUUACAAAGAAUUUCUGUGACUAGGAUUCGAUCCUACACCAAUAGGAAAUAUUACUUAAACUAGACUUUAACUUGAAUUCAAAUGAUACAACCGUCAUUAACCACAAUUUGCAAUAGUUCGAGGAAUAGAAUGAAUAUUAGAUUCUAGAAGAUAAUUAGAAUUACAACUCGUAUCAUUAAAAAGAAAAUAGUCGAACAAGCAAAUCAAAUAUAUCAUAAAAAUAUAAGAGGCUAGCAACAGGAUAUAAUAUGGACAGUAAUCUUAACUCUGUAAAGCAUGAUUUUACAUAGCUAUCUAUAGAUGCUAAGGUAAGGGUACUAUAGUAGAAUAUGCAGAAUUCUCUUUACGAUAGACAUGAUAUCCUUGAUGAAAAUCCCUACGAAUGCUGUGAUCCAAUUUAGAUAAGACCAAUUAAUUUAGAGCUAGCCUAAAAGAUCACAGAUUUCAUUGGCUAGAACGAAGGUGAUAUGGGGAAUUCCUGUAACAAUAAUUCUAACUAAUCAAGAUCACAUUCCUAAAUAGGAGUAAUGAGAAGAAACAUUAAUUGGAAGUAAAACCUAGAAGAUAUGAAUUCACAAAAAAUUAAUAUGAAAGAUUGGAAUAGUAAUCAAGCACUCUAUCAUGGAAUUGAAUUUAGCUGGAAUAUGAAGCUUUAAAAAGCUAAAUAAAUAUUUAAGCAUUUUGAGAAGCAAUAAGUAAAAGGCAGGAUCGAUUUUCGACAUACUCUUCACAAAAUUGAACUCAAGAUAUUUGAAGUUCUUAUUACAGGGAAAAAAUCUCUAAUUGAUGUAAGCAUGGUUAAGAUUCUAGAAUUUGAAGAAUAACUGCAACAAUUAAAAUCUAAUUGGAAUAAAGUCUAAGCUACAGCUACAGAGUAGAAAGUGAAAGAGAAAUUUACUAGGGAUGAAAACUCCAUUAUACUCUUCAAAAGUAGUGAUAGAUUUUCAAAUCUAAGACAAAGUCAAAACUUCUAAAAACCAUAUCUAGAUCAUAAAGGACUAAAUUAAGAAUUAUCAUUAGAGUUACUUGAGAUUAUAACAGCCGAAAACUUAAUGUUCAAAGGAGUAUUAAGAUUUCUUUCAGGGUAGAAAUUCAAAGCAUUUAUGAUUUUCAGAGAGUGUUGGAAGACUUAUAAGAAGUAUGAACAGAUACUAUAAACAAAAUUGAAAAUUUCUGAAGAUGAUAUUCAAAAUGACAAAAAAUAUUGGUAUUUUGAUGGGGAUUUCAAGGCAAGACUAUAUUUAGGACUUGGCUUAUUUUAUCUGGGAAUUUCAGCCUUACCAAAAAGUUUAACUACUAUCAUUAGAUUAGUAGGUUUUACUAGUGGUAAUAAGGAUAAGGGAGGUUAGUAUUUGCAAAAAUGUAUUGAUAUCAAAUAGAGUAGAUCUCCUUAUGCUGCUUUGAUUAUUUCUUUAUUUCACAUUGACUAAGAACCCUAGUUAGAGAGAGUGUGCUCACUUUUAAAGGUCUAACUAUAAGCAUAUCCUCAUUCUGCCUUGUUCCAUUGGGUAUCCUCUAUAGUGAGUUGGAAACUAGCUUAAUUAGAUGAUGCAGUAUAUUUCAUUGAAAGAGCAAUUAGUAUAUGUCCAAAGGAGCUUUCCUCACAAGCAGCUUUUUUGAAAUAUGAGAUUGGAUGGUUCCAUUAUCUCAAAUUAGAGUUUCAAAUUUCUCUAUAUAGAUUCAAAGAGGUUCUAAGAGAUUGUCUUAAUCUCGAUCUAGAUGAAAAUGAAAAUGGAAAGUUAGAGGGAUUUCCAAUAGAGGACUAGUUAGAAAAUUUAAGCUUGCAAAAGACAAAUAGUCAAAAUAGAGAUAUUUUAGGUGAAAGUGCCAAUGAUACAUAGAUCCAUCAAGAUUUGAUAAGGAAAUUUGCACAAAAUAGUCAUAAUGAUAAUAGUCCUAAGAAAUCAUAACUAAAGGCUGAAAUUAAAAGCAAAAAGGCUUCUCCAGCCUCAAGGAAAGAAGAUUUUGUCUACUUACCACAUAGGGCGUGUUUAACAAUUUAACUAGCAGGAGUAUAUGUUGCAUUAAAAAGAGAUGAUUUAGUGUUUCAUUGGCUUCAAACAACUAUUGCUCUUGGAAAUUAGCCGGGCAUUACAAGAUCAAAACUUGAUUAGGAAAUGGGUCACCUUGCAUUCAUAUAUAUUAAUCAUAGAAAAAUGACAGAUCUCUUGACCUAUGAGAUUAUCUACUUUCUGCAUCAAAUGCCUAAACUUCCAAAUACCAUACUACUUCAAAUUAUUUCAAAUAUCACCGACAUAAUGAGAAAAGUUAAUCUUAGCCUUAACUGUGCUGAUCCUUCAACUUACAAAGACUCAACUUAUUUUCCUGAUUAUGUUAGUGGCAUGAUGCUCACAAUCGUAUGCUAUUGCUUUUUAGGAGAUUCUGAUAUCGCUUAGUUGUUUAGCUAUCGGCUUAUAAAAGCAAUAGUUCAUCUGCCAUAGCAUUAUAACUAUCUUGCUGUGCAUUCAUAUUACUGGGCAGGUAGAAGCAUGCUAGCAGAGUCUAAUAAAAGAGAAGCAGAACAGAUGUUGCUUAAAGCUAAGAAGUACAAGAAAUAUGAGUUUUCUAUUGAUAAUAAAAUAGAAAGAGUCUUAUAAGAUAUUAAAAAGUGA